GACAAUUACUUGGUUAAAAAACUUCAUAAUAAUACAAUAAAAUACAAAAAAAUAGAAACGAUAAAACUAAUGGUAAACAAAUGAUAAAGUAAAUAAUAAUUAUAGUUUUCUUCGCUUUGAUGAUCGCGCUGGUAUACUUGAUGCUGGUGCAGAACGUUUAGAAUUGUUUUUCGUUGGUGCUGUUAUUGAUGUACUACUUGUGGAUGGAGAUGGUGCAGCUAUAGGAUUCGUUAAUUAAAAGCAGUUUAGCAUAUUUAACAAAAUUAUUAGAAAUAAAACAAGAUCAGCAAGAAUCCAUCAAGAAUAAUGACAAUAAUAAUAGUAAUGAACAAACAUUGCCAUAUGAAAUUAUAAAUAAUAAUUCAAUGUUAAGAUCAUUAUUUUCUUGGUACGAACAAAAUGAAAAUAUGAGUAAUAGCAAUAGCAAUGACAAACAAAUAUUUUUGUCAUCAUUUAUUGAUAAUAUAACGAAGAACCUUUCAAAACCAAAACAUAAUUAUCGAUACAACGCAUUUAUUAACGUUUUGCUGUAGCAUUAUUCAUAUUAGGUGGUAAAUUAACAUAUGAAUUUGUUAGAAUGAAUUUGAUUGCUGCAUUACCAGCUAUUCCAACGUUAAAUAAUUUGAUAUUAAAUGCAAAUCUUAGAGUAGCAGAAGCAGAAUUUAGAUUUGAUGCAUUACAACAACAUUUAUUAUCAAUUCAUACAAAACUUGGUUUUGUAUCAGAAGAUUGCACCGGUGUUAUAAGAAAAAUAAAAUAUGAUGUAACAACUAAUUCAUUUGUCGGUUUUGCAACACCACUCGCUAAUGGAGUCCCAAUUGCUCAAUUUUAUCAAACAGAUUCUUACGAACAACUAAAAUCAUGGUUCGAUACAAUUGAUAAAGCACCAUUAUUAAACGUACAUAUGUUUCAACCAUUACCAUCCAAUAAUACAGAGUUAGUUCAUCAACUUCAUUUUUCAAUAAUGUUUUUCGAGUUUAUGGGCAAAGUUAAGAAUAAAAAUUUUAAAACCAAUGCGGCUAUCAUGUUAAGAAUUUUAAUAAAAAAGUUUUAA